AUGCCGGCGGGUACCCCGAUUGAGCCUCAAGCCUCUCAGGCCCGUCACCUUGCCUGUCUGCCUUUUCGAGCCUCGUCGCGCUUUGUUCCGAGCCAUUCUUCGAGACCACCUCCGACGACCAUCUCCCUCGAGCUCUCCGUCCGUCCAGCACGCACACGACAAGGCGCAGGCUCCGACAGCGACUAUCUACAAAACACCGCGCACGUUCAGGUCUCCCCGCUUACGUCCGCCAAGAUGCCCAAAUUCUUCUGCGACUACUGCGAUGUCUACCUGACGCACGACUCCAUGUCGGUCCGCAAGGCCCACAACAGCGGUCGAAACCACCUGCGCAACGUCGUCGACUACUACCAGCAGAUUGGCCACGAGAAGGCCCAGUCCGUCAUCGACAGCAUCACCUCGUCCUACGCCGCCGAGGGCCAGGCCCACGCCAACCCCAUGCUCCCCCAGAACCAGCCCGGACACGGUGGCGCCGCCUUCCCCGGUGCUCCCGCCUUCCCGGCCGGCAUGCCCCCGCCCUUCCCUGGCAUGCCCCCUCUGCCAGGCAUGCCGCCCUUGCCCGGUAUGCCCGGUGCGCCUCCGCUGCCGCCUGGAGCCUUCGGUGCUCAGGGCCUACCACGUAAGUACCGCCCUUCUCCUUCGCACCCCCGACAGCAUCGCUACCAGCCGUACUCCCGCUCCGGAUACGCCUACGCUCCUCCCGGUGGUGGACGAGGCGCCCCAUCAUUCCCACCUCCCGGCGCCGGUCCGAGCGGCCUCCCCCCGUUCCCAGGAAACCUCCCCUUCCCGCCCCCGGGUGCGCCGGGCGCUCCGCCGUUCCCUUUCCCGGGAAUGCCCCAGGGUGCACCGGGCUUCCCAACGCCUCCUGGAAUGCCCCCGUUCCAACCCCCGCCAGGCCAGCAGGGUGGACGUUAG